UACGGAGGCCAUGUUGUAACUUUACCCGCGGUCCCUCGAAGUUUUGUCUCGCAGCUGGCGUCAGAGUUGUGAUUCCCUCCGGAGAAUUAAAGUAGCCUCACAAUAACACAACUUCGUCCACUUUCACUACGACAAAAUGAACUCGAGCGGUUUUGUAGUCGCAUUGUGGAGAGGAUGCACACGGGACUUAAUACGACCUCAACCACUUUCGCCUCUCUCUGCUUCCUCCUCGAUGAUGCAGAGCGUCCUGAUGUCCACACAGCCUGUCUCUGCAGCCCGGCUGCCCUACAGAGUGAAGGUGUCUGCUGGGAAACGCUACGCCUGGUGUGCGUGUGGACACAGCAAGAAACAGCCUUUCUGUGACGGAGCUCACAGGACAGCAGCACCCACCAUCUCUCCUCUACGUUUCACCCCUGACAAAGACAGGACCUUGAUGCUGUGUGCCUGUAAGCAAACCAAAAAUGCACCGUACUGUGAUGGUUCGCACUUAAAAGUCAUCUUCCAGGAUUUAGUGAAGUCGGUGAAAGGCGUAUUUAAAUGAACAAUGCUGUUCGCAAAAUGACCGUCCUGUAAAGGCCAAGGAGUAACUGCAAUAGAAGUUAACAGGAAGAAAUCUUUAUCUAGACUCAGCAGAAUCAUGUUAUUUAAUAACAUAUCAGGGUAAAACUUUAAAGUAUCUUUUCUAUAACAUUUGAUAUAUUUACAGAAUUGUUCUCUCCAUAUGAUAUAUAAAAAUGAGAUAGCAGUAUGAUACAGGUGUGCUAUGUGAGUAUUAUGUAACAUCAUCCAAUUGUGAGUUAUCUUUUUUGUGUUUUGUUUUUUUUUUUUUUUUAUCCAAGCUAGGAAUUAAUUUUAUUGAAUAUGGAGGAAUGUGUGUUUUUUUCUAUUAUGAGUUUAUAACUUAUGUUUUUGUAUUGAUUUCAUAUCAUCAUUAUUAUUAUUAUUAUUAGUUAUGAUGUUCCUGUAUUUUCCAGUAUGGGACGGUUCCAUGGGUCUUAUGUGUGUGGGGCUAUAAAUCUGUCGUGGGUUACUAUUCGCUAUACUGACAGGGGUUUCUUUAAUGGUAUAAAAGGAGUUUUGCUGUUUUUUGGGGGCGUAAUCUCUGCUUGUGUAAUUGAGCAUUCCACCAUAUUGUACAAUAUAUACUGUAUUUAUAAACUCAUCUA